AUACCACUCGGCCCCAAAAGAAGAAUGAAGAGGAUGGGAAGAACUAUCACUUUGUCUCCACAGAAGACAUGACGAAAGAAAUCUCGGCUAACGAGUUCCUGGAAUUUGGAAGUUACCAGGGCUACAUGUUUGGCACCAAAUUUGAGACUUUGCACAAGAUCCAUCAACAGGGCAAAAUUGCAAUCCUGGACAUUGAGCCUCAGACACUGAAAAUCAUCCACACUGCCGACUUUUCUCCUUUCGUUGUGUUCGUUGCUCCUCCAAAGCAAGCUGAUCAGAUGGAAACCUUGCAGCAACUUCAGAAAGACACAGAGGCUAUCCGGAGCAGAUACGCCCAUUACUUUGAUUUGGUGCUGGUGAACAACGGGGUUGACGAGAGCCUUGAACACCUGCAGGCAGCGUUUGAGCGGGCAUGCAGCUCCCCACAGUGGGUGCCAGUCUCCUGGGUGUAUUGAGCUGGCAGCACCCAUUUAGGCCACCUCAUUGCAGCAUGUUGAGGACAAUCUUCCCUGCUCCAUGCUUCUGCCCAAUACGCAACCUUCUUGGAGCUGCACCCUUGCCUGUUACUUCCCAGCUGCAAAACAUCCUUAGAAGAGCGUCUAUGGAUGCAGCUUGCCCCUCUUUUGUUCUCUAUUUCCAUUUAUUUGCAGAUGUUAGCAGCAGGGGACAGUCUAAUACUCCUCUUCCACUAUCAAUAAGGUUUUAAACAGGGAUACUAAAAACACGUUCUGCACAAAAGCCAUAAACGCCAUGAAUGUUAAAGAGCCGUGUUUUAACUCAA